AAGUCACUGAUAUAAAAUAAUACUUUAUAGGUACGAUAAAGUUAUUUAUAUUCAGCACGUUGUUAUUAUAAUUGGGUGCAAUAAAAAUGCCAACUGGGUAUAGGCUGAGUUAAAAACUUUAAGAAAGCUAUAGUUGUAAAUUAUCCGUGUGUAACCUAUACCAGCCUCUUUUUGGACGAACAAAGACGCCAGCAGCAGCGUGGCUUUUCUCCAAGACUUUCAGGAAAUUUUUCGACAUUGCGUAUCGGUUUUUAUUAUCCAUUUAUUCCGUAUUUGAGCAUUGUGCAAUCACAAUUGAGCUUAUCGGCAAAAUGUGAUUUUUUAAUAUGAAAUACAUGUAUUUGUAGCAUCCAAAACCAUAUUCCUUUGUUCGUUCUAUUUUUAGCAGUGCGCGUGCUUGACCUACUUUGAUACAUGUAAACAAAGAAAUUCAAAACUAACUGCUGGUAAAUGUGAUUUUGUUUCAUUACAAAUUACUGAGCGAUUCUUCGUUACGAUGUUUAAUACUCUUAUUUUAGGUCACUCUUUUACCAAACGCCUAACGAGAUGGUGCAUACAGAACAGUUGUACUAAUAUGAAUUUUGAUUCCAGCACAUACAAGUUUACUGGCAUGGAGUCGGAGGGGCUACAAUUAUGCAUGCAGACAAACCCAAGUCUGUCUGGACAGAUGCUCAUCUUGUCAGUGACUUAAACAUCAAUAUUGUUUUCCUUGAUAUAGGCAGUAAUGACCUUUGCAGUAUGAGGAUUGCUCCAGCAACAUUGGCAGAUACUAUUUUUGCAUUUGCAUGCUGGCUUAUUCAACAGGGCUGCAAUCGUGUCAUGAUAGGUGAAAUACUUCACCGAAAACAAGGAACAUUGUAUAAUGCAAGGGUUGAUGAAACCAACCAACGUUUGCAGUGUCUUUGUGCAGACCAAGAGUCUGUACAUUUCUGGCAGCAUAAUUUUAAUAACUUUAACAGACGCUUUCAGCAGGAGUUUGUUUCACCCGAUGGCGUGCAUAUUGAUCCGACACUUGGUAUGCGAAGAUAUUAUCAUUCUGUUAGAGGCGCGGUUCUUUUUGCAGCUCACAGUCUGUGAAUGUGAGUCGUCCAGAACAGCAGUCAAACAUAUAAAAUGUGCACUAUUUGCUUGCAACGAUAUUCAUUGUUGUAUUUUAGCACCUUAUAGUGUUGGCAAUUUGGUAUCUGACAGUACAAUCAGGGGCAUUGAGAGUAACUCCUAGUCCACACAACACUUGUAGGCAGAGCGUUAGUAUCAGCUAUGCCUAAGGCAACGCCAUCCACUGCCAGGACUGGUAAGCGGAAGGCUUCUUCACCGCCAGAGGCGCCCCAAUCCAGGAUUGCAAAGCUGAUGGCAGAUGCCCUUAGUAAAGAUGAGGCAGUCCUGAAAGAAAUCAGCCAACUCAUCCUCCAGAAGAGUGAUGGGACAUCAAACCAGGCGCCUGCAGCGGAACGGACGAGUGACGACGAACAGCAGUCUGAGCAAUCAUUUGAAGAGGAUUUGACAUCGGUGACAUCAGACAACAACGAAGGUGUUAAUUUAGGACUUUUUUCCACUGUUCAUCCUCCAAUUGACGUCAAAAUGCGUAAAGCCAUCAUGAACAAAGAGUAUAUCGAUUUGAAUAAGCUAAUUUUUGAUCAUCAAACAACUGAGACCACAGUCAUUAAACGCAGUGACAACCAAAUAACAACUUCCGUUCAAAAAUCAGCCCCUAAGACCAUAACAAACAUAAUCACAUGGUGCCGUGCUUUCCAACGUUUUGCCGAUGUUUAUGUCUCCAAAUACCCUGAGGAGGCAUCAGGCCUGUUCCAAUACAUGUCAAUCAUUGAGGACCUCGCACAACACUCAACAAACUGGGUCACAUACGACAUCAAGUUCAGACAGCUGAAGGCACUGCAGCCACUCCCUUGGGGAACCCUACACACAGAGACAUUCCUGUUUUGUUCCUUAACAAAGACACAAUCUCACUCUAAUUUUCGUCCCUUUCCUUCCAACUCCAGAACUCCAAUGCCAACCUACAUCAUGCGCCGAACAGGUUACUGUUGGGACUACCAACAGAAAUCCCAAUGCCUUAAGCCCAAAUGCCCACAAUUACACCAGUGUGGGAACUGCGACCAACCACAUGGCGCACACAGAUGCUUCAAACCAGUCAGGCCCUACCACGCAAACAACGCGAACACACCAACGGCAAAUUUCAAAAGAACAGCCAGUAAAGCCCAAAUUCCACAGUCUAAAUAAAUUUCAAUUACCUUCGCCCAUAUCGGCCGACAAACUGUUAUCAUAUCUGUCUGGUUAUGACCCCAAUAAAAAACAAAAAUUGAUUGACGGAUUCAAAAAUGGGUUUUCUCUUGGCACAACAUCUUCUAUACCAUCAUGCUUGCAUAAAAACCAUCAAUCUGUGAACAAUCACAAUGAACUUGUAAAACAAAAAAUUAUACAAGACAUAAAAUUGAGACGUGUUAAAGGGCCAUACUUGACACCUCCAUUGGCCAAUUUUAUCUGCUCCCCCCUCGGUGUUGUUCCCAAAAAGACUCCUAACACUUUCCGUAUAAUCCAUGACUUAUCCUUCCCUAAGCGUGGUCAAUCUGUCAAUUCGGCUAUUCCAUACGAAAAUGCUACGGUUGCACUUGAGACCUUUGACCAUGUUGCAAGAUUGGUUUUGCAGUCUGGUAGAGGCUCCUUGGUCGCUAAGGCGGACAUUGAAGAAGCUUUCAAAAUAAUACCGAUUUCACCAAAAGACUUUCAUAAACUAGGGUUCUCCUUCAAUAACUGUUUUUAUUUUGGAACAGUUUUACCAUUUGGGACAUCUUCUUCAGUGGCGAUUUUUGAAUCUUUCGCACAAGCCUUACAAUGGGUUUUACAACACAAAUUAGGGGUUCUUCGGGUUUCUCACAUUAUUGAUGACUUCAUCUUUGUAGGACGUAAACAAACAAAUGAGUGCCAAAUCGCCCUUGAUACUUUCAUUAGCCUCUCCAAUGACCUUGGCGUACCAAUUAAACAUGCCAAAACAGUUUUUCCCACUACAUCAAUAGAAGUUCAUGGCAUAAAUCUUAACACUGAUACACUUUCAGCCAGCUUACCCCCAGACAAGAUAUGUGCACUAAAGGUACUUCUUGCUAAAUAUAGACAUUGUCGUAAAGUGUCCUUAAAAACUCUACAAUCCAUCCUAGGCCACCUAAACUUUGCAUGCAAGGUAAUUAAACCAGGUCGUUGUUUUCUUCGCAGACUAUAUGAUCUCACUGUCGGUAAAACCAAUCCCAACCAUUUGAUAAAACUAACAAAAGAAUGUCGAGCAGACCUUCAACUCUGGAACACUUUCCUCGAAAAAAUACAAUGGUUGCACACUACUGACAAAUGACCGGUUUGUCACUUCCAUUUCUUUAAAGCUAUUCACUGAUGCAUCUGGUUCAAAAGGCUUCGGAUGCACACACAUGAACUCUUGGACAUAUGGAGAAUUUCCCACCUCCGCCAAAUGUCAUCAUAUCAAUGUUCUGGAACUGUAUCCUAUUGCUCUCGCUGUGUCAUUGUUCGGACAGACAUGGACAAACAAAAACAUAGUUUACUUGUGACAAUUUGUCUGUGGUCUUUUGCCUUAACAAACAAUCAUCUUAAGACUCUGUUAUGAUGCGACUCAUCCGGAUUAUUGUCCUGAAAUCACUACAACACAAUUUCUGUUUCAGAGCUAAACACAUCAAAACCACAGAAAACACUGUAUGUGACCUGCUUUCUCGCUUACAGGUUCAACAAGCACGGGAAGCAGCACCAUACCUCGACCCACAGCCCUUACCUAUCCCUCUGGAUCUUUCUCCCCUAACCUUGCUGAAGUAGAACAGCAAUUACUGGAGGCAUCCGUGGCACCAACCACUCGCCACUUCUACCAGAAAUGCUGGGAUAAGUUUUCGCACUUUGUCUGUCAAAUUAUCGGUGCAACUUUAAACUUUCCAGUCCAGUCUAAAUUUGUUUCUCAAUAUGUUGCAUACUUGUAUACACAGGACUUUGCCCCAGCCACAAUAAGCAGCCACCUUUCUGCCAUUUCCUUUUUUCAUUCUAUAGCUGGACAUUCUGACCCUUGCAAUACAGAUAUUAUUCGUAGAAUGACUGCAGGAUGUCGUAAAUUACGUACACAACAUGACAACAGACUCCCCCUGCUUUUGCCACACAUUCAGUCACUUGUGCACGCAACUUUUCACAUUCUCAGUGGUUCGCCCUAUCAACAAGCAAUGUACCAGUUGAUUAUCCUUCUCGCCUUCUUUGGAUUUUUUCGGAUUGGUGAACUAUUGCCAGCCACUCCAUCCAAGAAUGAUUCAGUGGUGCAAUUAGGACACAUCACAUUACAAUCAAAAGCAAUCCACAUUGAAUUACAUUAUUACAAAACCAAAAAAUCUGACAAACCUGUAAAAAUUAUAAUUCAAGCACAAAAUUCAACAUGCCCAGUCAAAGCCCUCAAAGCAUAUUUAAAAAUGCGUGGUUCAACACCGGGACCACUCUUCAUUUCAUCCAUCUCGGAACCCAUCACACAAAAUGCAUUCCGAACAACAUUCAAAACCUUGUUGUCCUUUUGUCAACUUCCAACCACCAAAUUUAAGCUGCACAGUUUUAGAAUUGGGGCCUGUACACAGGCCGUUCUUGCCGGUGUUCCAGAACAACAAAUCAUGCUUAUGGGCCGUUGGCGUUCCAACGCUUUCCGGCGCUACAUUAGGGUUCCAAAUAUUGGUUUAAACCCUAUUCGAUCUUAAAUGCUCACACACACUCUGGUUAUUGCUUUGACUCAAACUAUACUUAACAGUUGAGGGCAGUCAUCAUGGGAUGCUUUUCUAUUUUGCAUUGCACAUAUCCAAUGUUUCACUAUUUUUACUACUUUAGGGCAAGCAUCAAGGGAUGUUUUGGCCCAUCCUGUUAAGGCAAUCAUCAUGGGAUGUUUGUUUAUUUUGCAUUGUACAUAAUCAAUCUUUUACUGUUACCAACCAUCUUAGGGCAAACAUCAUGGGAUGUUUGUCCAAUCCUGUUCAGACAAUCAUCAUGGGAUGUUUGUCUACUUUCAUUGCACAUAUGUACAUAUUGUCCGUUUUUCGUAUACUUUUGCUUAUCACAUUUGGAUAUCACAAGAAUAUUUUCAUUACAAAUAUGUACAUCUAACCUUCCACUUUAUACUUGUCUCAGGAUUACAGGGCAUUCAUCAUGGGAUGUUUGUUCAUUUUAAUAUGUACAAAUGUACUUAUCCAUGUUAACCUUAUAUUUGUUCUAAAAUGUUUGUUGCUGUAUAUACUUUGUGCAUUGCCAUGAUAUGAUAGACCCUUUGUCAUCUGCUAAAUACUAUGCAGUGCCUUUUAUCAACUGCUUGCUUCUUAUUUUACAUUGCCUUUUGCGCCCUUUGCCUCCUUGGUUGGACGGUGUGUUGGACGGCGGUCGUCCAACUUCAUGUCACAUGUUUAAUACGUUAUAAAUCUGUAUAUCUUGGUUACUUAUUUUAACCAAUAAAACGUCUGGCAAAAGUUUGUUGCCAGACAGUAUCAACCACUUACUGUGUUGUAUAUUCUUUAAUGUGACAUGAAUGAACUUCAGAGGCAAAUGGGCGCAAAUAUAAAAUAAUACUUUAUAGGUACGAUAAAGUUAUUUAUAUUCAGCACAUUGUUAUUAUAAUUGGGUGCAAUAAAAAUGCCAACUGGGUAUAGGCUGAGUUAAAAACUUUAAGAAAGCUAUAGUUGUAAAUUAUCCGUGUGUAACCUAUACCAGCCUCUUUUUGGGCGAACAAAGACGCCAGCAGCAGCGUGGCUUUUCUCCAAGACUUUCAGGAAAUUUUCCACAAUCCUCCCCUCCACCCACCUUGGCAUUAUCGAAAAGCUUAUUAUUUACACAACAACAACACCAAAUUAUUUUAUAUAGUCCUGUCAUGUUCUAGUCAAUUUUUACUUUGUUAACCUUGGAACAGAUCCCACUAUUUUUAAUAUUUUAAUGUUUGCACUGUUUAUUAUGCUGGCGAAAAGCUUAUUAUUUACACAACAACAACACCAAAUUAUUUUAUCUAGUCCUGUCAUGUUCUAGUCAAUUUUUACUUUGUUAACCUUGGUACAGAUGCCACUGUUUUCAAUAUUUUAAUGUUUGCACUGUUUAUUAUGCGGACGGCGGUCGUCCAACUUCAUGUCACAUGUUUAAUACGUUAUAAAUCUGUAUAUCUUGGUUACUUAUUUUAACCAAUAAAACGUCUGGCAAAAGUUUGUUGCCAGACAGUAUCAACCACUUA